GCGGCAGACGGACGCUGCGUCGGACAGAGGAGCACUGCGGCGGACCCGGUGCUGCGGGACCACGGCGCGUUUUGUACCGGAGGGAACCGCCUCGUCAUCGGAACCAGCUUUCGGCCCGCGUGCUCGUGUGGCCUCGCGCCGGAGGGAACGAAGCGCGGACUCCGGCUGGAAGAAGCCGCGCUCCGCCCGCAGAGGAGCGGCAACAAAGAGCGCGGCUCGCGCAACUUGGCGAAGUGCGGCACAAAGUGCGCUCCGCUGCCGCCAUGAGCCCCCGCGGGCUGACGCCGCUGCUCGCCCUCCUCGUCCUCGGCGGGGCGGUUCCGCGCGUCGGCGGGCAGUACGGCGGCGGGGACCGGGGGAUGUCCGUGCCGGAGCACGGCUUCUGCCAGCCGAUCUCCAUCCCGCUGUGCACGGACAUCGCGUACAACGAGACCAUCAUGCCCAACCUGCUGGGUCACACCAACCAGGAGGACGCGGGCCUGGAGGUCCACCAGUUCUACCCGCUGGUCAAGGUCCAGUGCUCCCCGGAUUUAAAGUUCUUCCUCUGCUCCAUGUACGCGCCCGUGUGCACGGUGAUGGAGCAGGCGCUGCCCCCGUGCCGCUCUCUGUGCGAGCGCGCGCGCCAGGGCUGCGAGGCGCUCAUGAACAAGUUCGGCUUCCAGUGGCCCGACAGCCUCGCGUGCGAGACCUUCCCGGUCCACGGCGCCGGGGAGCUGUGCGUGGGCCAAAACAUGUCGGACCGCGCCGAACCGGCCGGCCCCGGUCUCGGCCCGGACCCCACCGUGCGCCCCGACCGCGCGGCCGGUCAGCCGAGGUGCCCGCCGUCGCUCAGCGUGCCUCACUACCUGAAAUACCGCUUCCUGGGCCUGGACGACUGCGGCGCUCCGUGCGAGCCCUCGCGGUCCCACGGGAUGAUGUACUUCAGCGAGGAGGAGCUCAGGUUCUCCCGCAUCUGGAUCGGCAUCUGGUCGGUGUUGUGCUGCGCCUCCACCUUAUUUACGGUGCUGACCUACCUGGUGGACAUGAAGCGCUUCAGCUACCCGGAGCGGCCCAUCGUGUUCCUGUCGGGCUGCUACACCAUGGUGUCCGUCGCCUACAUGGCCGGGUUCCUGCUGGAGGACAAGGUGGUGUGCAACGACCUCUUCGACAACGACAUGAGGACCGUGGUGCAGGGCACGAAGAAGGAGGGCUGCACCAUCCUCUUCAUGAUGCUCUACUUCUUCAGCAUGGCCAGCUCCAUCUGGUGGGUCAUCCUGGCCCUCACCUGGUUCCUGGCGGCGGGGAUGAAGUGGGGCCACGAGGCCAUCGAAGCGAACUCUCAGUACUUCCACCUGGCGGCCUGGGCCGUGCCCGCCAUCAAGACCAUCACCAUCCUGGCCGUGGGGCAGGUGGACGGAGACGUCCUGAGCGGGGUUUGCUUCGUGGGCAUCAACAGCGUGGACGCGCUGCGGGGAUUCGUCCUGGCGCCGCUGUUCGUCUACCUCUUCAUCGGGACCUCUUUCCUCCUGGCGGGCUUCGUGUCCCUGUUUCGCAUCCGCACCAUCAUGAAGCACGACGGCACCAAGACGGAGAAGCUGGAGAAGCUGAUGGUGCGUAUCGGGAUCUUCAGCGUGCUGUACACCGUGCCGGCCACCAUCGUCAUCGCCUGUUACUUCUACGAGCAGGCCUUCCGGGAGCAGUGGGAGAGGACGUGGGUGGGCCAGACGUGCAAGGCGUUCGCCGUGCAGUGUCCUGCCCAGAGCCACCCCAACGCCAGUCCCGACUUCACCGUCUUCAUGAUCAAGUACCUCAUGACGCUGAUCGUGGGCAUCACCUCCGGCUUCUGGAUCUGGUCCGGGAAGACCCUCAACUCGUGGCGGAGGUUUUACACGAGGUUGGCCAACAGUAAACAGGGCGAGACCACGGUGUGAUGCGGUCUAGACCCCCAACAGGACGAGGUCCGUCCCCGACUCCCCCCAAGCCAAUGAGAAACCACUCCACAUUAUUUUCUUACAGAAGAUACUUGGUCCGUUUUUUUUUUAUGUACAUAUACAUUUGUGAGAUUUUUGUAAGAAUAUAUUUGUAUUUAAAUAUUUUUGUAACAUUUUUUUUUUGUAAAAACAACUUCUUUCACACUUUGGACUUGAUGGAAUUGUACUCACAAGGAGCCGGCUGACCUGUGACCUCACUGCGCGCACAGUGGCUCCAUUCUAAGCAGAGUCCUGUGAAACCCAAGUGCUUUCGUGUCCCCCCCCUCCCCCCCUCCUCCCCCUGACUCUCCUUUGUGUCGGCGUGGGGGGCCGCAGUGCGGGACCACGGAUGCUUGUUGCCUGUAGCUCGGCGCGACGGUUCUAUCAUUCCGUUCCAAAAGAAUCCCGCGUGGUCCUGCCGGGGCAAAGGGGUCAAAGGGGCACGCGGGUUUGUGCGUUGUAUUUGGACUUGUGUGUCAUUUGUGUCUUGCUGUUCCUGGAGAGUCGUCUUCUUAUUGAGCCGCAUGUUCGGCAGAGUUACUUAAACUGACAGUUCUCCCUGAAAUAUCCAAUCUACAUUUAAUAAGCUGUAAACAUGUUGCCAACAUACAACAAUCAGUGUCUCAUACAAUCGGCAACUCACACCAAAACAAUCCAGAAAGCCGGAAGCCGACAGGUGGAAGGUGAGUUCAGUCGUUUGGACCUCGGGUUUAAUUUAAAAGGCCGAUGUAAGAUUAAUGAAAUGCCUCCAACCUCCAAGGGAACGUAGGACAGCGAACGCACCGCGAUGCGUUUCAUUGUGUCAUUGUUGUAUCAAAGGGAUGUAAUACAUUUAAUAAUUACUGCAACAUUUGUAUUCUAUCUACAGCCGAUAGCCGGGGUCACAGGUCAAGCACAUAUCAGGAAUGUUUGUAACAAAGCUUAUUUUUGAUUCAUUGAGAAACAAACCGUUUAACUCAACGUGCAGCUUGAAUGUGUCACUGAUGGUUGUUGGGUUGCUCCUGCGAAGCAAAAAGGGGGGCUGAGCAGCUUCCAGUACCUGGAGGGGCCCCUGGGGGCCCCGUGAGGGGGGGAGGCCUGUGAGGAGAGGAGGCCCCAUGAGGGGGCCCCGUGGGGGGGUGAGGCCCCAUGAGGGGGCCCCGUGGGGGGGGGAGGCCCCGUGAGGAGCGGCUGCUGUCAGUGCACAUCAGGACGUGUUGUCAUAAUAAUACUUUGUGCUUUCUACAAUUGUUGCAGCUUUGAAGUAAUUUCCUUUUUGCAUUUGCUACAAAGAGAACUUUUAUAUUUAUAGAAAAAAGCAUCUUCUAUCUCCACUACAUUGAUCGAUUGCUUUAUGAGAAUAAAAACAAUCUCACCAAUGCGACUGUAAA